AUGCCAAACCCUGACCAACUGCUGGCCAGGACCAUAUCGGAGAGACCAAAGCAGAGCUCAGAGUCCUUGGCUCCAGGGACGGCCACAGGGUUGUUCAAACUUCUAUCAAGCAUCUCUCCGGAGGAGCAGGCAAGUCUUGGAAGUGGCGAUAGCUUUCAGAGUCAGAGCUGCCAGCUGCAGAGGUCUCAGAGUGCAGGGCAGAGGACAAAGAAAGAACGCAAGACCCGGAGGAGGAACAAGAAAGGACAAGGCUCAGCUGAGGCCGAGGAUCUGUUCAGUUCACCUGCUCGGAAACCUUCCUUUCCUUUCCAGUGGGCCUGGGAGAGCUUCAUCAUAGAUGGUCAGGCUCUGCUUCAGCCAAGCUCCUGCGUGGCCCACGGCCACCGAGGCCUGCUUUUGCCCCCAGCUGGGCUCCAGCUCAAGUCCAGGCGCAAGUCAGUAAGCAGCCUCUCAGAAGACCUUGGCUUCUGCCAGAAGACAGAAGUACAAAACCUGGAGAGGAGAAAUCAGAUGGGGGCCUGGGGCAGCAAUACCCUCCCUCUUGGCAAAGCAGAGAGCCAAGGGCUGGAGCGAAGCAGCCAGGGUAGCUUCUGGCCACCAGGAAAAGGGUCAGGGUCAGAGUGUGAGGAUGCCUCGGAGGUGGAAGGCCAGGAUGCAGAGGAGACAGAGAAGAUUCUGAGCCCUGGGGAACUGCCCCAGCUCCCGGGGCGGGGCUUGAUCUCGGAGGAGGAGUGGAUCUCAGAGGUGACAGAGGAGGAGGAACACAGCGCCCCCCACAGGAGGAAAGGCAGCUCUCAUAAUAAGAGGAGGAAUUCUGGAGAAAAGGCUUCGGAAGGGGAGCUGCAGGGCCACAGCCAGGGAAGCAGCUCCAGCUCCAACAGCCUCCGAAAGCUGCAGAAGGAGAAAUCAAGGGCCAAGGAGCUGAGGGGGCCCUGGGACCUAGAGCGGCUACACCGGCAGUUACAGGAGGAAUUGGAUUGUGGUCCUCAAAAGCAGACCUGGAACGCAUUGCGGGCAGCUGUCCAGGCCUCUACCAGGGGUAGGAGGACCCCUAUCUUGGGAGAUGAUGAAAGUUACUUAUCUACCAACUUCCCCAAUCGCACCUUCCAUAAACGGCAGGAGGCCAACAGGCGCAAGGAGCGACAGCGUUUUGCUGAGUACCAGGCAGAGCUGCAGGGCAUCCAGCACAGGGUGCAGGCCCGGCCCUUCCUGUUCCAGCAGGCCAUGCAGACCAACGCCAGACUCACAGUGAAUCGGCGAUUCUCCCAGGUGCUGUCAGCAUUGGGAGUAGACGAGGAACAGCUGCUGGCAGAGGCAGGCAACGUGCAGGGCCUCUCUCGGAAACACAGGAGCCACCGGUCAUUUGGAGUAGAAAUGGAGUCCUCUUCUCAGAGACCCCCAAAGAUAGAACCCAACAGCAGCCCACCUGGAAGGCUUCCCUCCCCGACCCUGGACCCAGAACACAGUCCCUGCGAUAAAAAUUAA